CGAAAAACGUACAAUUUCCUCCAUUAUCGCCGGAACUUGGCCAAAAAUGGGACUCCGCGGGGCGCAACGAUCGAAUUCAAUGGAACGAGAAUCGGAUCAAUCCACAACGGCUAAAAUCCUUUCUAAAAGGAAGAAAAGUUCCAGAAAGCAGGAGAGAGCUAGACAAGCUAGCUAGCUAGUAGCUUCUGCCUGGUAGCUCCUAGGAAGCCAGUUAUUACCCAUUUCUAUUUGAGUGUUGUCCUUGUUACAAAGCUGUAGCCACCAUACCGUAUUAUAUAUUUCUUAGAGGGGCAGGUUUCGUUUCGAUUAAGAUAUCCCUGCCGGUUGGAUACCCUUGUUGGAUAUUCCUGGUUCCGAUUGCAAGGCCGUGUACGAUGAGAUGGAAACGGAAUAUAUGGGUACUUCUCGGACUCUGGCAUAUCGACUACAGUUGGUUAAGAGCAGUCAGUGGAUUCUCCAUGGACAUCCGAAAACGAUUACCAGGCAUCUGGCGGUUACGAAUUCAAGAAAAACAAAAAGAAAUUCCAAAAAGACGAAGAAUUGUGGAUGAUUUGAUCCAGGCAUCCAACAACAAAGAAACGCAGCUGCAAGAAAUCCUCCUGAAAUUAAACAAAGAUGGGUCCUUUCGACAAUGCGAUGAGGGUUACGAAGAAGGAAAAUGGAUGUCGGGGAGAUGGGGUGUGCGAACCGUUUUGCAGGACGACGCCAACAAGAAUGAAACCACAAACUUUUAUCUUGCGGUAGACAGGCAAUAUUUCGGACCGCCUUAUGAUAGCCUAUUCAUCGGGGAAAUUUUGGGGGAAGGGGACAAGACAUCGAGCAAUAAAAAUGGCAACAACAAUGGCAACGAAACGACAUGUCGGUCCAAGGCUCGAUUAGAAUUGGGAAUUUCCAAUGCCAAGACAGAUCCAUCCUUCUUUGACAAAGAUCCCAUUGUGACCAACGGGAACGCUACUGGAUCUUUUGUUUUGCAGCAAAUGUUGAGUUUUGCCUUACUCCUGUUACAAAAGUUACUUGGGCACGAUAACUUGCGAUGUGCGAUCUGCCUCCACAGCAUCCUCAUUCAAAGGCACAUCCAGAGAGCCUGUUUUCAUCGUCAUCCGCUGCUGAGUCUCGUCCAGGAGAUUCAUCCCAGAAACUAUCAGCUGAAUUGUCAUUGCCAUCGUUGCGUCGGCCGUUCACUGUCAUUCUUCUUUG